CGAUGGCAGGUGUUUGGGGCCGGAGGCUGCAGGCGGCGAUGUGGCGCCGGGUACUGCUGCUCCUGCUUUGGCUGGCCUUGACUUCAGUGCAGGGUCUUUACUUCCACAUCGGAGAAACGGAGAAGCGCUGCUUCAUUGAGGAAAUCCCCGACGAGACCAUGGUUAUCGGGAAUUACCGAACCCAGCUAUGGGAUAAGCAGACGGAAACCUUUCUGCCCUCCACCCCGGGGCUGGGGAUGCAUGUGGAAGUGAAGGAUCCUGAAGGAAAGGUGGUAUUAUCGCGGCAGUAUGGUUCAGAGGGCCGAUUCACCUUUACCUCUCAUACCCCAGGUGACCACCAGAUCUGCCUGCACUCUAAUUCUACUAGAAUGACCAUCUUUGCGGGCGGCAAACUUAGAGUACAUCUGGAUAUACAGGUUGGCGAACAUACCAACAACUACCCUGAAAUUGCUGCCAAGGAUAAAUUAACAGAGCUGCAACUUCGUGCCCGCCAGUUGCUUGAUCAGGUGGAACAGAUCCAAAAGGAACAGAACUACCAGCGGUAUCGUGAGGAACGCUUCCGUAUGACCAGCGAGAGUACGAACCAGAGAGUGCUGUGGUGGUCCAUUGCUCAGACUGUCAUCCUUAUCCUCACUGGCAUCUGGCAGAUGAGACACCUCAAGAGUUUCUUUGAAGCCAAAAAGCUGGUGUAAACUUCUUUCCUGUACAAUCUUCUUUCAUCCCACUUACUUGGUACUUUCCCCAUAUCAUACCCUGGCUACUUGGAUUUUGGAUGAAAAAAAAAUUGGGAAUAUUUUGGUUCCAUGGCAGCCAAACUAAUUAGGCCACUGAACUACACAGAAACUUCCCCUCUCAACCCCUACCAAGGUCAUAGGAUAUUGGUCAAAGCCUACACAAAGCUCCUUCUUUCCUCUGGGGAAGAGCUUAAGCUAAUCAGGACACACCCUUUAUUUAUGACCUGCCUUUUUCCAUGUCCAGUUGCCCCUCUCAACCCUUAAAUUAAGUAAGUAAGCAAAGGCCACUCACUCACCUGCUCCCUUAAUUUCUGAUUUUCUUUUACUGUGCCUAUGUCGUGUGUGACUGAAGUGCCACGAAUAGGACACACUAGCCUCACUACUGUCCAGCUAGUCCUGGCUUCACUGAGCUGAUCUGCAGCUAUAAAUAAGGGGGCAAGUCUUGGAUACCAAGGGAAUGAGAUUUUUUUAUAUAACAAAUAUUUUUCGAUAUGUUUAUUUUAUCCUUCAUAUCUGAAAUAUCACUGCCUGUGUAUAAGAGUGGUUGAAAAGAUCAAUGCAGAAUCAACAGUCUUUGGCACUAUCUUUGUAUACAUUUAAAAAAACCAAAACUACUGUAGCCACUUUCAGACUCCUCAACGAAAGUUCUAGAAGGUGGGGACCCAAGCAGACAUUUCAGACUAUUGCUAUUAAGGUCUUGCCUGUAAGUCAUGCACAGGUCCCUUUGGAUACAUUGAGCCCCUUAUGGAUAUGAAGGGGAUAUGGAGUUAAGGUAGGAAGCUGGAGUGAGCAGUUGGAGGCAUUCAGUUUUCUUCUCUUCCUCUCUUUCCCUCAUAAAGGUACUAACUGUUAAAUUUUAUUUAAGAUGCAGUAAAUAUUUUCUCCAUGGGUCCCAGGUUCAGUUCUUUGUAUGGAUUUUCCAGUGAAAUAAAAUCUGUUGUGGUAA